AUGGAUCUAACAUUACAUGAUUCCUUAGGUAUUCAUUGCCGAAUUUCGCAUAUCGUUCAGCAUUUGUUUUUUUCCUUAAGAGUUGUCAAAAACAUUUUCUUAUUCUCAAUACUGCCAAAAAUGCAGUUGUUAAAUUACACCAUAAAUUUUGUUUAUAUUGAUCAAAUGCAAAAGUUGCGGCGUCAAUUUGGUGCUACUAGAGAUUUUUCUAAAGGAAAUUAG